AUGUCUUUGGGUGGAAGACGAAACACUGCGUCUGCAGCCAUCAUGACACACACUCGACACGGAGUCACACCUGCACUACAGGUGCUGUGUUGGAGGAGUGUGUGUGUGUUGUACACUCUGAUAGUGUGUGUGCUGCAGCCUGAACUCGCUAACUCAGCAAAAUCUCGGUGUGGAGUGGAGCUCAUCUCUGAUCUGCAGUUUGUGUGCGGAGAUCGAGGAAUUUACUUAGGUCAUCCCAGAGCGGUGAGAGGUGCAGGUCCACGCCGCAGAGGUAAAGGAAUCGUGGAGCAGUGCUGCGUGAAAGGAUGCGACCUUCAGCAUCUGGAACAUUAUUGCGCCAAACCGAAUCGAGAGCGACGACACACGCAGAACGCUCCGCCCACGCCACGCCCGGAGGAUCAGUUCUGGCUGAUGUUCCUCAGACGAUGUGAAAUGAACCAGAUUAAAAACAAACCUGAGAAAUUUCGGGAACGACUUAAAGAGCGAGUGCUGUUCCAGAGGAAGUUGAGCCACGCCUCCAUGCUGUCGCGAGUUAUUAGCAAAAAAAUCCACAAAACUCGUUGCUCAAGGCGAAAACAAGGGAACUGAGACCGAUGUGUUUCUGUCCCUGUCUCAGAGGCUUGGCUGAGCUAAUUAACACCACAGUCAAGGUUAGCAUUCAUUAGUAGCAUGUAGCACAGACUGUUUUUUUUUUUAAAACUGAAUGUUCAAAGUUAAUAGUUCAUUAGACUUAUGCCAGCUGAUAAAACUAUAUUUUCACUUUAUAGUUUUAUUCUGUUUUUUGUUUUUUGUUUUCAUUUGUUUGUUUUUUUAAACAGCACUUAAGAAAGCAAGCGCACAAGCUCCAGCCUGGACUUUAUUCACAGCCUGUGUCACGCUGACAUUUUAAUUACAACCCUAUCUGUUAUUUAUACGUUAUUUUAUGACAUACUUUAUCUUAAUCACGUCCUAACAGUAUCGCGGGAAUAUGUACAGUAUGUCGCUGGCUGCGAUGCGCUAAUCGCCCACGCGCGUCAGCAUCACAGCACUGUUAGCUCGUAUGGCAAAACAAAGCACAAACUUUUCCUAGACAAGAGUUUACAGUGUUGAUUUUGUACGAAUUCUGUAAGCGCUUUGGUCAACUAGCUGAAUGUAAUUCUAACGAUGUUUGUGUUUAACGUCACGCGCCUACAAACACCACUGAGUUAUUAGUUAUUAGAAAUACAGGCAUGACGUUAAUAUAUUAACCGUGUGGUUUGAAAACUGUGUUAGUGAAUUUUGUUUUCACCUGAAAGAGUUAAUUUGUGAAUUGACGGAGUGUGUUUGAGAAAGAGAGUCAGGACUCACCCUGAGUCACACUGUCAUGUUUCAUUUUUGCUUUUUUUAAUGCUAAUCAGUCUUUCUACAUUAAAUCUACAGCUGGUUGCCAUGGUUUCAUUGCUAGUGCCGAGCUGAUGCUGUUCCUUUUCCACGUGAUUCCAACGAUUCCAUAUGAAUUUGAAUCGUUUAUUUAACAAAAUGCAUCGGCAUAACUUCAAUAGCUUCAA